AUGUCGACAGGCUAUCCAAAUCCUACACAGGUACCACCUGCCUAUAACCAGGUACCACCUGUCUAUAAUCAGGCACCACCUGUUUUUACACAGCCAUAUCCAGCGAAUAACCAGCCAAAUAUUGUUAUUGUUCAACACCAGAAUAAAGAUGUUCAACACGGGUGCCAUUGUUUACUUUGGCUAUUAACAGCUGGAUUAUGGACACCAUGUUGGAUAGCUGCUUGCUGUGGAUGUUGUAAGUAA